UAAUCAAAAUUGGGUUGUGAAAAUGUCGUACCCGAAACUGGACAGUAAGGUUUUGCAGAGCCUGAAGGACGUGGCCCAGAAGCUGCGGAUCCACUCGAUCACCUCGACGCAGGCGGCCAAGUCGGGCCACCCGACGUCCUGUGCUUCGCUGGCCGAGAUCAUGACGGUGCUGUUCUUCCAGCAGAUGCGCCUGAACCUGAAGCAUCCCCGCGAUCCCUCCAGCGAUCGAUUGAUCCUGUCCAAAGGACACGCCGCUCCCAUCUUGUAUGCCGCGUGGGCGGAGGCGGGACUCUUUCCGGUGGAGGAGCUGCGCAACCUGCGCAAGGUGGACAGCGAUCUGGAGGGACAUCCAACGCCCCGGCUGAGCUUCAUCGACGUGGGUACCGGAUCCCUGGGUCAGGGCAUCUCUGUGGCCGCCGGCAUGGCCUAUGUGGGCAAAUUCAUUGACAAGGCCGCCUAUCGCACGUACGUUCUCGUCGGCGACGGCGAAUCCGCCGAGGGAGCCGUCUGGGAAUCGCUCCACUUUGCCGGUCACUACUGCCUGGACAACCUGUGCGUGAUCUUCGACAUGAACAAGUUCUUCUGCUCCGACAUUUCCACCGAAAUGGAGGUCUACCGGGAGCGCUUGGACGCCUUUGGCUUCAAUGCCCUGGUUCUGAAUGGCCACGACAUCGACGAACUGGUCAAGGCCUUCCAGAAUGCGGCCAACACGAAGGGCAGGCCCACGGCUCUGUUGGCCAGGACCAUUAAGGGAAAGGACUUUCUGGGAGUCGAGGGGGUGGACGAAAUGCACGGACAGCCACUCGGAAAAAGAGCUGAGGCAGCAAUCAAGCAUUUGCAGAUGAUGAUUGCCAAUCCCAACGUGCGAUUGUCGCCGAAGAAGGUGGGAAAGUGUGGCCACGCCCCCGAGGUGGAUAUUAACAACAUAAUGCUGUGCAGUCCGCCCAACUAUCGGCUGGGCGAUUCGGUGGCCCCUCGCUUGGCCUACGGCACCGCCUUGGCCAAAAUCGCGGCUGACAACUGCCGGGUGAUAGCCCUCGAUGGCGAUACGAAGAACUCCACGUAUGCGGACAAGAUGAGGAAUGCAUUUCCGGAGCGAUUUAUCGAGUGCUUCAUAGCGCAGCAGAAUCUGGUGGGCGUGGCGGUAGGCGCCACCUGUCGGCGACGCACGGUGGCGUUCGUCUCGACCUACGCCACCUUCUUCACGCGGGCCUUCGAUCAGAUCCGCAUGGGCGCCAUUUCGCACACGAACGUGAACUUCGCGGGCUCCCACUGUGGCUGCAGUGUCGGCGAGGACGGACCCUCGCAGAUGGGCCUGGAGGACCUGGCCAUGUUCCGCAGCAUUCCCGGCAGCACGGUCUUCUAUCCCACGGACGCCGUCAGCACGGAACGGGCGGUGGAGCUGGCGGCCAACACGAAGGGGGUGUGCUUCAUCCGGACCACCUAUCCGAAUACCACGGUGAUAUACAACAACGACGAGAUCUUCGCCGUGGGCCUGGCCAAGGUGGUGCGCCAGAAGCCGUCGGAUGAGGUGCUGUUGAUUGGGGCCGGGGUCACACUGUACGAGUGCCUGGCGGCGGCGGAGAGACUGGAGGAGGACUGCAUCACGGCCCGGGUGAUCGACCCGUUCACAGUGAAGCCUCUCGAUGUGCGACUAAUCGUGAAGCACGGCAAGCUGUGCAAGGGCAGGAUCGUCGUGGUGGAGGAUCACUACCAGCAGGGCGGACUCGGCGAGGCAGUGCUCAGUGCCCUGGCCGACCAACGGAACUUCGUGGUCAAGCAUCUCUAUGUGCCCACUGUACCGAGAUCGGGACCACCGGCCGUUCUGCUGGAUAUGUAUGGCAUCUCCGCCAGAAAUAUCGUUAAAGCUAGCCUCGCCAUUAUGAAGAAGUGAUAUAUCU